CGGGCGGGGGCCGCGGGCUCGGGGCGGCCCAGGGGGCGGAGGGGAGGCGCCGUGGGCUCGGGGCCGGGCCGGCCGGGAAGGGGAGGCGGCGCGGGCUGGUAGGAGGGGGCCCGGCGGUGCUGAGCGGCGUCGAGCGGCGCCUCGUUAAAUAUCUUGUGCCCAUGAUAAAGAGGAAAACACUAUUAUCCAAAUAAAUAAAUCAUUCUAAUCUUGAAGAUAUACAAAGAAGAAUAAAACACACUAUUUAUUACCCUACAGUUCUCCUUCAGUUUGUUGCUGCUGUUUUGAAUCCAGAAGCUGAAAAAGUGGAAGACUUUUAGAUUUAUUUGAAUUGUAAAUAAAAAGAUCUCUUACACUUCUGGAAAAUGGCUGAUAUUCAGAACUGUGAUUUGAAAUCUUUGAAUCCACUUCAGCUGUUUGAAAAAGUAACUGAACAAGGAGAAAAAGUCAGAGCACUGAAAGCAGGAAAAGCACCAAAGGAUGAAAUUGAUGCAGCAGUGAGGAUGCUGCUGUCAUUAAAGCUGUCAUAUAAAACGACAACGGGACAAGAUUAUCAGGCAGGCUUGCCUCCAAGAGAUCUUGUAUCAAUAAACAACGGUACAGCUAAAGAAGAGGACGAGGACUUCGUGGACCCCUGGACUGUGCAGACAUCAAAUGCUAAAGGCGUGGAUUAUGACAAACUCAUAGUUCGGUUUGGCAGCAGUAAAAUUGACACAGAUCUGAUCAAUCGAAUAGAAAGAGCUAUUGGGCAGAAACCUCACCGCUUUCUACGCAGAGGAAUCUUUUUUUCUCAUAGAGAUAUGGACCAAGUCCUUCAUGCCUAUGAAAAUAAGAAGUCCUUUUACCUUUAUACUGGCAGAGGCCCUUCCUCUCAGGCAAUGCAUGUUGGUCAUCUUAUCCCCUUUAUAUUCACAAAGUGGCUGCAAGAAGUAUUUGAUGUUCCCUUAGUUGUACAGUUAACUGAUGAUGAGAAAUACCUUUGGAAGGACCUGACAACUGAGAAGGCACAUGAAUAUGCUGUAGAGAAUGCAAAAGACAUUAUUGCAUGUGGUUUUGACAUCAAUAAAACCUUUAUCUUUUCUGAUUUAGACUACUUGGGGACAAGUGCAGGAUUCUACCAAAACAUCGUCAAAGUUCAGAAGCAUGUUACAUUUAACCAAGUGAAAGGAAUCUUUGGCUUUACAGACAGCGAUUGCAUUGGAAAGAUCAGCUUCCCUGCUAUUCAAGCUGCUCCAUCCUUCAGUUCAUCAUUUCCACAGAUCUUCAAUGGCAAGGAGAACGUUCAGUGUCUUAUUCCGUGUGCUAUUGACCAGGAUCCUUAUUUUAGAAUGACCCGAGAUGUAGCACCUAGAAUUGGACUUCCUAAACCAGCCUUACUGCACUCAGUCUUCUUCCCAGCCUUGCAAGGAGCACAGACAAAAAUGAGUGCUAGUGAUCCAAACUCUUCCAUCUUCCUCACUGAUUCUCCCAAACAGAUCAAGACCAAGAUUAACAAGCAUGCUUUCUCAGGAGGCAGAGAUACUAUUGAAGAGCACAGGAAGUACGGAGGUAACUGUGAUGUUGAUGUGUCUUUCAUGUACCUGACUUUCUUCCUAGAAGAUGAUGACAGGCUUGAACAACUGAAGCAGGCAUACACAAGUGGGGAAUUGCUCACAGGGGAGCUGAAGAAGGUGCUUAUUGAAACAUUGCAGCCCUUGAUAGCAGCUCAUCAAGAGAGACGCAAACAGGUCACAGAUGAAAUGGUGAAGCAAUUCAUGACUCCACGGAAGCUAGCUUUUGAAUUUUGAAGAAAUGCGUAUGUAACUUAUCACUUGAUAAACCAAAAUCAAUACUUGUUGUCUUCUGUUGUAUGUCAUCACUCCCUAGUUAUGUACAGCCUGCUAUCAGUGCUUUAUAAAUAUUGCUUUUAAUGCGUUACUUACAAUAAACAUCAGAGUACAGAAAAAGUUUUAAAAUAUGACUCGUAUCUAUUUAAAAUCAAAAUGUGUUAGUUGAGGAAUUGAUUCUAUACAAGACAGAAUUGCCUGAUCUUGCAGAGAAGCAUGUCUGUCAGCACAGGACCCUAUUUUAUUGUAUUUCAUGUUGAAAAUAUAAAUAAAAUUUCCAUUUUGAUGCUAAAGUCUAACUUGUAAAUUGCUUCAGAUAUGUUGGUAAGAGGUCAUAUCUCAGAAACUAAUAACUGGCAGGUUCAAUUUCUUUUGUCCUGUGUAGUUUUGUUUACUAGACUACAUGUCCUAUGGGGCUACUUGGGAACGUGCUACACACACAAAGAUGCUGAAUGUUACGAACAGAUUACACAGUGACUUAGCCUGAGAUCAGUACAGAAAGGAUGGAGGCCUGUGAGUUGAACACAGGAGAUGAUAGUAAAAAUUUAGUUGGCUUUGUUAUCCUCUUCCUCUUUGACCCAGGGCAAGUCACAGAAAACAGUCUUUGCUUUCGUUUCUGCAGCUACAAAACUAGUCUGAAUACCUCUAAAGGGAAGAGGUAAAACAGGGUUGUAAAGUUCCUUGAUGUUCUCAGGUGGAAGAUAUUAUAGAAAUGCAAAUUUUAGUUUCUAGUUAUGAAAAAUACUAAGUACUGAGUCAUGCUGUGAGAAUGAAGUCACUGCUGGACACAGUGAUAUUUUUAGGGCUACCUGUUCUGUUUUACUGCACCAGAUCAUUUAAACUACUGGUACUUAUUUUAAGAUCUGUCCCAAUGAGGAAAUCUACUCUGUUGAGAUACCUCAUGUAGUACCUCAUUAUUUCCUUUCUUAAAAAGAACUUUGAUGUCUUUGGUAUGAUUUAUGGAAGAGCAAUUCAGAUGAUUAGCUAGCUUGUUUUAAUAUGUACAGUGCUGACUACAUACUAUUAGACCUAUCUUGUAUUUUUAUAGAAUAGAUGGUGACUAGCCCAGAUCCAUCUUAUCUAAAUCAAACAAAAAUACCUCUGAUCACACAGGUGGGCACUGAUGUGUGGUAUUUGCAAGUCAUGUAAAAUAUAAGGAAGGCACUAGAAUGAAGUGUGAAAGAUUUAAGCUUUAACAGAUUCUGUACUAUGGAACCUAGCAGAUAUAUUGGUAUGUAGUCUUUAAAAAAAAAGAAAAAAUGCUUUUAAUUUGUCCUUAAGCCUUUGAAGGCAGCUGAUUACACUUGGGCUGAGGGAGAAUUUUCAAGGCUGAGGCUUCUCAUUGACUUCAGUAGACCUUGGAUCAGUCUCUUAGUACAUAAGAUUGUGUUGCACUAUUUGUCCUGCCUGGAGCUGGUAGACAUUGCAAAAUUACUCCCUUCCCACCUGUAACGGUUCUGUAACAGUGCAUACAUGUCCUGUCCAGCAGCGACCUUGUGUUUCUGAGAAGGAAACAUUUGGGUGCCAAGCUGUAUAUAAGUGACUGAGUUAGUGUUACAGUCAUGCUUGUGUAAGGGACCAAGGAAAGACUGAAAUGCACAGCAAAUUUAGUCUGUGUGUUUCAAACUUGUGCUGAAAAUAGGAAUACUUAGCUUUUUCUAUUUUCCUUUCCACUUACUUGACCUAGCCUCACUGAUCUAAUGCCACCAACUCUGACGCAUUAAAGUAAAUGUUUACCAAUAGACUACCUCUCUAUAACCCGUAGUCAUAGUAUCUUAGUGCUAACAAGUGCGUAACAAUCAGCAGAUACAUUUCUGUCUUUUUAAAGUCAUAGAGCGCUUCCUAGAAAAGCAAAAUAGUGUCUUAAAUACAGUGGUAAAUUAACUAAUUCUUUGUUGCUCUAGACUUUUCAAUGGUAACCUUUCUGUUCUCACAAUCCAGUGUUUGCCAUCUUUGAGCUAUGCGUAAUAGAUAGCUCUUAAGUUGAUCUUAAAGGGCUUUUACAAACUCAUAGUGCAAGUUUCUUUGUGAAAAUUUUCCAUGAGUCCUGUAAGAUUUAUUUCCUUAGCUAAGAAUUAAUUCAGUUAUUCAGGGAGAAAAUUUGAUGUGGGACAAACUCAGUGUGUUCUAUUCUAACAAAACUUAUGGAUUAAUUUUAUAACACAGCAAUUAAAAUCUGAAUGGAAAGUUCUAGAAGGGCACGUAGUAACAAAAUUAAUUUAUCAUUUGCUUACUGAGAAAGCACUUUACUCAAGGACUCAGAUAAAUGCUUACGACAUGUUGCACUUCUGAAUCCAACAGAAAUGAUACAGUUUCUUAAAGGAAGCUUGGAAAGUUCCUAAAUCUGUAAUUAUUAUUCAUGUCCCAGAGGUAUUUAAAGAUCAUGACAGGGCAGUCUUGAAAAGCAUGGGUGAAAUGUCUAAGAAUGUAAUCGGGUAAUGUUCGUUACAUUUUCCUCAAUUUGUUGAUAUUUUGUUCAUCUUGCUGUAAUAAAAACGUGGAGGAAAGCCUGUA